CAUCCUUGUAAAACCCUAUAAAAUACCAACACCUUCCCUUCAUUUCUAUCCAUCUCUCUCUCGCUCAAACACAGUCAAUAAUCCUUACUAAACUGAAUCUAUCUUUUGAAAUAAGAUGGCUUCAAAGAACUCAGCCUCACUUGCUCUUUUCUUUGCACUCAACAUCCUCUUUUUCACCUUAACCGCUGCAACUGAUUGCUGCAGUCCUAAGCCGAAGCCCAAACCUAGUCCUAAGCCUAAGCCGGUCUCAUGUCCUCCGCCCCCCAAGCAUGUCCCAAGUCCAUCGGUCCCAAGUCCUAACCCUAGGCCUGUCCCACCUCCUAGCACCCCUGGCUCAUCCCAAAACUGUCCUAUAGAUGUCCUCAAGCUCGGUGUAUGUGCAAAUGUCCUAAGCGGCCUACUCAACAUACAGUUGGGUCAGCCAUCAACUCAAGAAUGCUGCUCGCUUGUCCAAGGUUUAGUUGACCUCGAGGCCGCUGUUUGUCUCUGCACUGCCCUUAGGGCUAACGUUCUCGGAAUCAACCUUAACGUUCCUAUAUCUCUCAGCGUUCUUCUCAACAAGUGUAACAAGAAGGUUCCAUCUGGUUUCGAAUGCACUUGAAUCAGCUAUGCACACGACGCCGCACACAGUUUCCUCUUUAAAAAAAAUAAGUUUGAAUAAAUGCAUGCAAGCUCGAGUUUAAUGUGUACAUGUUAAAUUUGUAUAAGUAAAAUAAUAAAUGUGUGAGAGUAUAGUGUUUUUUUUUUUCUUUUUUUUUGCAAAUGUUCCCCGUCUUUGGUGCUUGUAUGUUUUGUAGCCAUCUAUUUCUAUUUUCAACCGUAUAAUGAAUAUACUUUUUUACC